AUGACAAGAAUAGAAAGCAAACUUGAUUGUUUAAGUCUAAAGCAGCAUACACUUGUGAAAAUUUGUGAGGUGAAAGUGUCUGCAGUCUUAUUGAAAAAUAAUUAUAAGGUGGCUCGUUUUAAACUUAACGGCGGCAGUACAAAAUUUGCAAUUUCUCGCAUCAACGCGAAAGAACACAAAUCCAACGACGAUCGUUGUUUCAAUUCAUCAAAGAAUUGCUGUUCGAAUGUGAAUGAAAAAACGAAGAAUCGAUCGUAUGGAUCAAAUACUACUGGUCGAUAUUUGGACUCAUCGACCAUUCAUUUCGAAAUAAAUCAAAUGAAAAUAUCAAUAGUUUCGAAUAUUUUUAUAGUCCGUCAUAGGACAGAGCAAGGUAUUUUCGCGCUUCUUGUCAACGUUCACGCUCUUUCAAUGAAUAUAAUAAUCCAGGAAGUAAAUCAUAUCAUUUUUCUAGUCAUCAACGACGGAAACACUCAUCAGUCUCGAAUGCUCGUCUGA